AUGACAAUUUACAAAGCAUACAGAAGUGCUGGAGAUUUGAUCACAAAUGACAAAAGUCUACAUGGCAUGUCAAUCUUCAGUGUGAAAUCCCUUUCACCUUUAGUUUUUGGAAUUGUCCGAGAUGGCACAAUUUACUACUUCAUCAUCACUGUAAUCCUUCUGAUCUCCACCCUGACUACUCAACUUAUUCCUGGCCCUUAUGCUUCAAUAUCCCUACCGUGGUUGAUUAGCAUUUAUUCAUUUGCGGGCACUCGGCUUAUUCUAAACCUUCGUGAAGCUGCUCUAGCCAAGUCAUCCAUUGCUACAUGGCAGGAAACAGUUGAGCUGGAGACAUUCAGAGUUCGCUCUCGUACUCGUCCCACCAGCCAGCUUGAGGAAGAUGAAGAUUAUUGA